AUGAAGAGGAGUAUCAACACAUACCUUAUUAUUAAAUAUGUUACGUUCAUUUUUUUCAUUUCGAUAUACCAUAAAUACGAUGAUCAGGUUUCAUUUAACGAGGGAUUGAAUUAUACCUGUACUGGCAAGAAAUCCUUGAAUAUUGCAGAAUAUAGGUUAUUGUCAGAACAAGAUUUAAGAACGGAAUUAUAUCAUAGUGAACUUCAGGAUUCUUUAUUAAAAUAUAGGGAUAGUGAAAUAUUAACAUAUGGGCAAAAUGGAACAAUAAGAGCUCAUGGCAAUGGUCUCACAUUAUAUGAUAUGUUGCAAAAGAGUUGUGCAAUUCAUUUGGAUAUUUAUAAAGCACGACUUAAGCGUAAAUAUGCUAACAGCAAAGGCCUAAGGAGACUACGUUACUAUUGUAAAAAAAAAAUAUUUGAUCUGAUCGAUAGAACGGGUGAAGAACGAGCAGGUAUUAGUAGCUUCAAGACAAAACUAAAAGAACGUACAAUUAGAAAAUGGGGUAAACGAGCUAUUUUAAUUUGUUUACUCCCAUUAAUUGGAACAAUAUUGCCAAUUUUUGUUCUAAUCGUCGGCAGCACAGGAAGUGUCAUAGCUACAGCCCUAUAUGGGAUACAUGGUAUUUUUUUCAUAAUACUAAUAUCAAUAAUUUUAUGUGUGCUCAUUUAUGCCAUGACAGAAGUGGUAAAAUAUCACAGUUUAGAAGCUGGAUUGGAUAAAUUGAGUUUCCGGGAAUUUUGUGUUUUCUGGCAUCAUAUAUUUUGGCCUAAAUGGUAA